CAGGGAUGCAACAAUGGUACCCUGAGCAAUGGCUUUGAUUUUUUUUUGUUAAACAAUGGCCUGAAAAUGUUAGAUGUCCUUCUUUCCAGCAUGACAUGUAGGAUGUGAUGUCUGUGUGCAGCCCUCAUGCAUUAAAGGAUCGCCUCAGAGAAAGGAGGCUGGAGAAGAAAAGGCGGACCUGCCAAGUCAGGGAGGGGAGAGGAAGAGCUGUCUUCCCAAUCCCUACAAUGCACAGUCACUCCCAUCUCCCAUCUGUACGGUGCACAUUGUAGCACGGUUCCAGGCAGACGGUUCCAGGCAGACGGUGCAGGAUGAUGAUGGUGUCCGAGUCCCCGGGAAGUGUCCCCGCCGGUAAUAGGAAGAACAUGGGGCUCUCCUUGCUGGAAGCGGCUCGGUCCCGCUAUGAGAGCCUUCAGAUCUCUGAUGACCUUUUUGGGGAGUCAGGAGAAGACAGCAGCGGUAACCCCUUUUAUAGUACCUCUCCAGACUCCCGUUCUUCCAGCAAAGGCGGCUCCUCUGAGGAUGAGGAUGGAGGAUGUGGAGAGGAGGACCCACCUAGCUUCAUAGAAGGGGACGUGGACAACAAGACAUCUUCUGGAUUGUUGGCUCAUCCAACCAACUUGACAUCCAGGCCGGAGGCAUCUGAUGUGAAAUUGGGCAAACACAACCUAUCCCAAGGAAGGAACCGACCGAAGAGGAAAGGGAAAGCUGAAGAUGGGCACGAGAUACCUGCUGCUGCCAAGGCUGACGAUGAAGGUGAAUGGGGUGAGAAGACACAAGCAAGGCUUGGAGAAGACCUGAAGGAGGAGGAGGAGGAGGGAUGGUCACACACCCUUCAAGAUGUGUCCUCCCCUGGCUUCAAGGAGACAAGCGGACCUACGCGUAAAAUGCCACCUACUUCCAGCGCAAUGGAUUUCUUUCAGCUCUUUGUCCCUGACAAUGUAAUUAAAAAUAUGGUGACACAAACAAAUAUGUAUGCCAAGAAAUACCAGGAGAGGUUUGGAUCUGAUGAUGCUUGGGUGGAUGUCACUCUUGCAGAAAUGAAAGCUUUCCUGGGCUAUAUGAUAUCAACCAGCACUCAUCACUGCGAGUCAGUGCUCAGUAUAUGGAGUGGUGGGUUUUAUAGCAACAAGAGUAUUGCUCUUACGAUGACGCAAUCAAGAUUUGAGAAAAUCCUGAAGUUCUUCCACAUUGUGGCCUUUCGCUCCAGCCAAACAACCCAUGGGCUGUACAAAAUUCAGCCCUUCCUUAAUGCUUUGCAGAAUGGCUUUGACUCGACUUUCAGGCCUUCACAAACACAGGUGCUUCAUGAACCUUUAAUUGAUGAAGAUCCAGUAUUUAUUGCUACUUGUACUGAACGGGAACUUCGUAAAAGGAAAAAGAGAAAAUUCAGCCUUUGGGUUCGACAGUGUUCUUCCACAGGCUUCAUAUGUCAGAUUUAUGUUCAUCUGAGAGAAGGAAGUGGUAGUGACGGUAUUGACACAUUAAAGCAUAAGCCACAACUUCACAGCAUGGUAGCCAAAAACUUGUGUCAAAGUGCUCCUGGAAAAAACUACAUCAUUUUUACUGGACCAAGCAUCACAAGCCUCAAUUUGUUUGAAGAAUUUGAAAAACAAGGCAUUUACUGUUGUGGAUUGCUCAGCUCUCGUAAAAGUGACUGUACUGGCUUACCUCAGUCAAUGAUGACUAACACAGAGGUACCAAAAUCACGAGGACACUAUGAAAUAAGAAUGAAAGGAAAUAUGUCCCUCAUUUGCUGGUACAAUAAAGGGUAUUUCCGCUUUCUGAGUAAUGCUUACUCUCCAUUUCAGAAAGGAGUUAUUAUAAAAAGGAAAAGUGGGGAGAUUCCUUGUCCUCUGGCAGUAGAAGCAUUUGCGGCUCAUCUCAGCUAUAUCUGUAAAUAUGAUGAUAAAUAUAGCAAGUAUUUUAUUUCACACAAACCAAACAAGACUUGGCAGCAGGUGUUUUGGUUUGCCAUAAGCAUUGCUAUUAACAAUGCUUACAUCCUCUAUAAAAUGUCUGACGCCUACUAUGUAAAAAGGUACAGCCGGGCUCAGUUUGGAGAGAGACUUGUGAGAGAGUUACUUGGAUUGGAGGAAACUUCACCUCAAGAUUGAUCCCAAGCUUGUCUUAAUAUUCAGCCAAUUUCCUUCAAAAAGGAACAUGAAGCCACUACUCUGGAUUGGUAUUCAGGGAUUUCACUCUCAAAUAUGCCAACCUACUAAAUACUGCGAUAAACCGAAGACUUUAAAUUUGGACAAACUAUUAAACAUUGUUCAAUGAGCUGUAUGUCCCCCUUUUCUAAUAUUACCUGGAAAUACAUACAUUUUAAAUCAUGAAAUUCAUAACUGGAGAGAAAAUACAACAUGAAUGGCGUGCCAUUGAAAUUACACUCUUUUACAUUAAGUCUAUAGGUUUGGAACUCAAAUUAUGCCAUUAGAUUUAAUUGUUUUCUAUUUCAUUUUGUUUAAAAAUAUAAACUAUUAAAAUGUUGAUAUUUUGAUAGAUUACAUUUUCUUAAAUGAUAAUUGGGACAAAAACAAACAUACAUUAUUCCAGCCCAGUACAAUACAUGUCUGGAUUAAUAUGUCCAAAGACAUACCAUGGAGCUAAGGUUAUAUAUUAGUACUUCACACAUUCUGAACUGCUGACUGCUAGAUCAGUAGGCGUUACGUCCAAAGACAACCUGAGUCACUACUUGUUCCAUUUCUACUUAGUUUAAAUAAUCUGCUUAUUUUAUUUUAUAUUAUAUACAGUAUGGUGUUUACAAGAAAAACAUGGUUAUAUAGUGGAUAUUAUUAUGAGCUUACAUAAAGGUGGUUUCACAGUUAUACUUAUUAAGGAAGAAUGUGCCAGCUUUCAGGGAUAACACAUUAUAUUUGGUGGUUUUAUAAUAUGAAUAUGAUAUAUCACAGAUAUUAGACUAGGUCAUCCAAUUAAGGGUGACCACAGUAUGUGUAUCAGCUUGACCUUGAAUUCAAGUCAAUCCAUAAUGCAAAUGUAUUGCUUUUUGGAUACAAUGGGCAGAAUACGAUCAUUGAAGAAG